AUGUCACAAAAUACAGAAAGAAAUACAGGCAAUGACAAUCCACCACCUACAGUUCCAAAUCUACAACUUCAAGCCAUUAUGGGGGAGAUGAGGAGGAUGUUGAGGGAGGAGUGUGAACAGAUACAUAAGCGUACAACGCUUAGGCAUCCUUGUCCAUACAAGUUGCAAUGGUUGAAUGAUAGUGGUGAAGUGAGGGUUACAAAACAAGUACUGGUCUCAUUUCGCAUUGGCAAGUAUGAAGAUGAGGUGUUGUGUGAUGUGGUUCCCAUGCAAGCUGGACACCUCCUUCUAGGAAGGCCUUGGCAAUUUGAUCGGCGGGUGCAGCAUGAUGGCUUCACCAACAAGUAUUCAUUCACAUUCCGUCAACGAACAAUCACUCUAGCGCCAUUGACACCAAAGCAAGUGUAUGAAGAUCAAGUGAGGUUGCAAAAAUUGAGUGACAAAAAGAAAAUGAGUGAGCAAAAGGAGAGUGAAAAGAUGAAUGAGAGUGAGGAAAAAGAGAGACAAGGAGAGAAAAGUGGGGAAUCAAGUGAGAGAAAACAAAAUAAUUUUUAUGCAAAAAAAAGUGAGGUUAAGAGAGCAUUGGUUACAAAACAGCCCAUGAUUUUACUCAUGUAUAAGGAGGCUCUUUUAAAUACUAACCAACUUGAUUCUUCAUUGCCAAGUGUUGUUGUGUCUAUUUUGCAGGAAUUUGAGGAUGUGUUUCCUGAGGAGGUACCACAUGGUUUACCACCUAUUCGAGGGAUAGAACAUCAGAUUGACUUUGUUCCAGGUGCUUCAAUACCAAAUCGACCAGCAUACAGAAGUAAUCCUGAUGAAACAAAGGAAUUGCAAAGGCAAGUUGAGGAAUUGAUGGAGAAAGGGCAUGUGAGAGAAAGCAUGAGCCCUUGUGCUGUUCCAGUGAUUCUAGUUCCCAAGAAGGAUGGAACAUGGAGGAUGUGUGUUGACUGUCGAGCCAUCAACAAUAUAACGGUAAAAUAUCGACAUCCCAUUCCUCGUUUAGAUGACAUGUUAGAUGAAUUGCAUGGUUCUUGUGUGUUUUCCAAGAUUGAUCUUAAAAGUGGGUAUCAUCAGAUACGUAUGAAAGAAGGAGAUGAGUGGAAAACUGCUUUUAAAACUAAACAUGGAUUGUAUGAGUGGUUAGUUAUGCCUUUUGGAUUAACUAAUGCCCCUAGCACUUUCAUGCGCUUAAUGAAUCAUGUAUUGCGUGCUUUCAUUGGAAAAUUUGUUGUUGUGUAUUUUGAUGAUAUUCUUAUUUAUAGUAAGAAUUUGCAUGACCAUGUUUUG